AGUGGAGGAGCUUCUAGUUAGUGAAGAAUCCGGGGAAUCACGAAGGGUAAGAUAGUUAGAUAGCAGGGCAAUAACCAAGUUUGGUGAGAUUACGAACAUUACAUUGUUCAUGAAAGCCUGUUAGCACUAUACUAGAGGGCUACUGCGCCUCUUGAAAAGGCUGUAAAGUUGGAGAAGAAAGCUGCGUCAACUAUUCUCCACAGUUCUGCAGAGUUGGUAUAAUUGUAAUUGGAGGUGUGUCCUCUUGCUUAGCUGGGCUUUUACUGACUUGGAGAUCUGUGGAAUAGGUGGAAUAACAGCUCUGGUUCAAAGUGUACAGGUUGCAUGGUAAACUGGACUUGAUGCAUGGCCUUUGCAUGAUCCCAUUAAGUGCUGGUGUGGGGCUGACCGCGACCUGAGCUGCAUUGACCAUGGCUCAGACCUUACACAUUAACGGCAACGUCUCAGAAAAAGAUGAGGGUGAAAAGGACCCUGUGGCUCCAUACUACCUGGAGACCCCUUAUGGCUUCCAGCUAGACCUGGACUUCCUCAAGUAUGUGGAUGACAUCGAGCGGGGAAACACCAUCAAGAAGCUGAAUUUCCAGAGGAAGCCCAAAUCGGCUCGCCCCUCCACCUCAUCCCAACACAGCAACAACAACAGCGUCAGCAGCAGCAGUGGCGGAGGCUGCGGCCUGGCGGAGUGGACCUCCACCGACUCGCUCUCCUCGUCCAACAGUGAUGAGAACAAGCAGUCACAGUCGCCCGUGUUCCUCAAUCCCGGAUACCUGCCGUCACUGCCACCGCCUCCCCAGCCUCUAACCCAGUCACAGACAAUCCGACCCAGACCAGUGCCCAUCCCUGCUAACCCUGUCCAUGAGGCCCCCCAGGUCUAUCUGAGUGUCCUGGAGGCCAAGCAGCAGCAGCAUCUUCCCCCUCCCUCCCCGCGGGUCCCCCGACACAACCCCCAAGUGGAGAAGACGCUGAUGGAGACUCGCCGGCGCCUGGAGCAGGAGCGGCUCCUGGCCCAGCCGCCCCCCUGCGACCCGCCACCCCGCCGCCGGCUGGCCAGCUUCGGGGGCAUGGGCUCCAACAGCUCCCUCUCCUCCUCCUACGGCGGCUCAGUGGGGCCAAGCCAGAUCUCGCCCGGCUCGCACCUGCUCGUGCACAACGGGCACCUGCCCAACGGCGACUACAACCCCUACUUCACCCCUUCCAUGGUCAGCUCCAUGCGCCACAGCCCCAUGAGCUCGGGGAUGACCACGCCCGUUACCAACGUGAGCCCGGCACACCUGCAGCACAUCCGCGACCAGAUGGUGGUGGCGCUGAAACGGCUCAAGGAGCUGGAGGAGCAGGUGAAGACCAUCCCCAUCCUGCAGGUGAAGAUCGCCGUGCUGCAGGAGGAUAAGAGGCAGAUCCAGAAGAACCAGAAGCUCGCCGGCCAACAGGGCACUGGCGCCGGUGGCUUCCGGAAGCGCUCGUACAGUGUGGGCAGUGCGGACCAGUUUGAGCCGCUGGCCCAGCUCAAGCAGGGCAGCUCAGAGCUGCACAUUGACUCGGAGGAUGAGCUGGAGGGCAUGGAGCAGAGCUCGCUGCGGCUCCAGGAAUUCCGGCAGCUGACGGCUGAGAUGCAGGCGCUGGAGAAGAAGAUCCAGGAGCCGGGUGCGGAGAAGAAGAUCCAGGAGCCGGGCGCGGAGAAGAACCGAAGGCAGCAGCACAGCCAGAUGCAGAACGCCGCCCCUGCCCCUGCCCCUGCCACCACCCUGCAGAGACAGUCGAGUCGCGAGCAGAAGUCCAUCGCCGUGGGCACGGAUGAGAACAUGAACGAUGUGGUGAUCUGCAGGCGCUCACCGGAGCGCAGCAAGGAUGCGUCGGUGGGGACAGAGCAGCGGGAGACGAGGAGCGCGGCGGUUGGGGUGACUGAGGCCAUGCUGGGGAUGAGCACAGAGGCCGAGGCGGAGAUCGAGCUGCAGCACCAGACAAUCGAGACUCUGAAGGAGAAGAUCUACCGGCUGGAGGUGCAGCUGAAGGAGACCACGCACCAGAUGGAGAUGUGCAAACUCAAGCUGGAGCUGCAGGCCGCCGGGAACAGGAAGAAGAGCGACAAGGCCUGCAUGGCUCGGCCCGAGAUGUACAGCACUUCAGUGGAGGCCAGGGUCUCCACGCACAGCCUCGGAGUGGGCAACCACACGGAGUCGUGUGACGUCCAGGUCCAGGCGGUCGGGGUGUCAUGUCAACCAGACACAAAACCGGCUGCUGUAGGUCCAGAUGUACCAAUGGAUAGAUGGGUCGUGCAGGAACGAAAGGAAGUGAUGGACCAGUGCGUGGGCAGGCAGGUAACCAUGUCCGACAAAAGUGUAGGGUUGCAGCUAAGCAUGUGCGAGAUGGGAAUCAAUACAGAGGAGACGGUGGAGAGUCUGGGACUGUGUAAGGCGGAGGCUGAGCAGGCCAAAGAGGUCCGAUCUAUCGGGUGUGGGGAUUGCUCGGUGAAUGUGACUGUGAGCCCCAUCAAAGAUCUGGUGAGCCUGGGGACAGUCACAGAUGCUGUGAGCCGAGAGGAUCAGGGAGUUAUGGUCUUUCCGGAGACCUUAUCUCAGUACUGCGAGACAGACAUGCUUGGAGUCAGUAGGUCCACAAGCACUGAACAGAUUGUUCUGGUGGAUUCCUGCACGGACACUCAGCUCUGCACAAUAGACAAGCACACCAGUACGGCCUCGACUGAGACCAGGACCGUCGCUGUAGGGGAUGGGCUGGUGAAAGACGUGCAGGCCACGGUGAAGACGCGCUCCAUUGCCGUGGGAACGGCAGCGCUCGGCGACACAGAGAGCGAGCGGCUGUCAGCAGCAGCCAAAACCAAAGACAGCGGGGUGGGGCAGGCCAGCAUGCAUGACAACUUCCUGGUGGGACUAAAGACGAGGACCAUCGCCUGCGGCCCUUCUCUUCCUCAGCUCCCCAAUCUCUCCCAGGUUGGCGAGAGCCCGGCACCGACCCUGAUCCAGGUACCGCCUCUGGCCUGUCCCCUGCCGGACCAACCGGCCACCGGCGCCGGGCUGGACCACUACAUUGAGCGUGUGCAGAAGCUCCUGCAGGAGCAGCAGAUGCUGCUGGCGGAGAACUACAGCGAGCUGGCAGACGCCUUCGGCCAGCCGCACACCCAGUUUGGUUCCAUCAACAGCGAGCUGGUCAACACGCUCUCGUCCAUCAACUCGGUCAUGAAGUACGGCAGCGUGGAGGAGCUCAGCGCCGCUGACAUCAUCAAGCUAGCGCCAGAUGGAAGCGUGAGCGGAGACCAACAGGUGGUCAGCAGGGUGAGUUCCCAGUCUCUGACCCUGAGGUCAGAGGUCAUUCAGACGGAGAGUAUGAGCUCGGCGGUGACGGUCACGGACGAAACCCGGCAGGCCGAGCAGAAGAAGCGCAUGGAUCAGCUGAUGUCCACGGCCCUGCACGGCAGUCAGAAUACCCUGAAGUCCAUCAUGAAAAAGAAAGAUGGCCGCCAGGGAUCCAACGGUACCAAAAAGAACCUGCAGUUUGUGGGUGUCAAUGGAGGGUACGAGACCACGUCGAGUGACGACUCCAGCUCCGAGGAGAGCAGUUCCUCUGGGUCGGACGAUGAAGAGGAUGAGGAAGAGGAGGAGGAGGAGGUGGAAGGAAAGCAGGCGCAGGAGAACGUCGGUGAAGAGAAGACGGGCGGAGAGGAGUUCUGUAACGAGGGAGCGGUGGAGGUGGGCAAGAGGGCUGAGCUCAGCGGCUCAGAGAAGCAGGAGAGGCGAGAGAGAUAUGAGUUAAGUGAAAAGAUGGUGUCGGCGUGCAACGUUCUGAAAGCCCACCUGAAUGAUUCCAAGUCAUUGACCAGCAAAGACGUGCGGGCGAGCCUGAACACUGUGCAGCAGGAGUGGUUCCGUGUGUCCAGCCAGAAGUCAGCCGUGCCGGCCAUGGUGGAGGACUACCUGGCCGCCUUCCGAGGCGUCUCCAGCUCUGUACUGCGCCACGUGGUCAACAUGGCCGACGGUAACGGCAACACCGCCCUACACUACAGCGUGUCCCAUUCCAACUUCGACAUCGUCAAGAGGCUGCUGGAUGCAGAUGUCUGCAAUGUCAAUCAGCAGAACAAGGCGGGCUACACUCCCAUCAUGCUCGCUGCCCUGGCGGCAGUCGAGUCGCCGAAGGACAUGCACAUUGUGGAGGAGCUCUUCAGCAAGGGGGACGUCAACGCCAAAGCCAGCCAGGCCGGGCAGACGGCUCUUAUGUUGGCCGUGAGCCACGGGCGGAUGGACAUGGUGAAGGCGCUGCUGGCCUGCGGCGCCGACGUCAACAUCCAGGACGACGAGGGCUCCACGGCGCUGAUGUGUGCCAGCGAGCACGGCCACGUGGAGAUCGUCAAACUGCUGCUAGCGCAGUCGGGCUGCGACGCCACCCUUAGUGACAGCGAUGAGAGCAAUGCCCUGUCCAUAGCUCUGGAAGCAGGACACAAGGACAUUGCAGUGCUGCUGUAUGCUCAUGUCAACUUCUCCAAAGCCCAGUCACCGGGCACGCCCCGCCUUAGCAGGAAGAUGUCACCCAGCCCCACCAGGAAGAGUGCGUUCGACUAGACCCACAUCCCCAAAAACACUACACCAACCCAACCCUCCCUGACCCCCCACCCACCCACCCUCCGUCUACUUCCAUGCUGCUAUCGGUUCUGGUUUGCUGAGGAAUCCAAAGCUCACUCUCGAAAGGUCUGGCUCAUGCAGCCCUGCCCAAGCACCUGCUCCCAAUCUGUCAGGACAAGGCUGAGGAGCCCUCCACUCCUGGACUGACUGAAUGUACCCCGGCCCUUCGAAAGGAAAAACAAACAAACAAACAAAGAAAAAGCAAGUGUCAAAAGGAAGGGUAGACACUCAACCACCAGUGUCUAUGUGUGGAAGAGGAAAUGACUUGCAUGGCAUUUAUUUUUAUUUUUUCAUUGGCAUGUCCGACUGGAGUUUUGUCUGCAGAAAUCCUCUUCAGUCAGGAGAGUAUAGAUGUAGUCAUUAGUAAGUGCUUCAAAGAUUAUGGCGUGGCGGCCCUGAAGUCGUUACCUUUGGGGGAGUAUGAUCUCGAGUGGAUGUGCCCAGGACUCUCUUGUGUGGUUACGUUGCCCAAAAACAAAGCUUUAUACUUUAGACUACAUAGUCUGUGUUUAUACAGUUUAUGUGUAUAUGCUGCCCAGUUUCAUAUCAGCCAAUUUGGUGUCCGGUCCUGUCCUGUUUUUAUCCUAUCAAAUCUCCAGCAAGUACAUGGGAUACUUGCUGGUUGGGAUUCCUAAGACAAUAUUUUUCUGGCUAUUUUCAAAUGAUAUUAUAUCUCGAUUGGAUAUACACUACUUUUAUACAUGUCAUUUAUAUGUAUAUUUAAACAAUCACAGUAUUUUGGAUAUUUCCUUUUAUUUCCUAAUAGUACAUGAAGUUAUAUAUUUAUCAAUUAAAAGUUUUUAAUGCAGGUAUAAUUGUAUUGUCAUUGUACAUAAUGUAUGUGUAGAGCUACUAGAGCUGAGAUAAACCCUUUGUACAAUAAACUCUCCCGUUGUAGAUGUUAUUAAGUACUUCGUGUAAUAUCAGAACAGAAGUGCCUUCGACUUGCCAUAGAAGUGUAAUCAACACUAAAACAUGUAUUUUCUUCAAUCUGUCAAACACAUUUAAUCUUGUGAAAUGCCUUAAUAAUCCAUCAGGUCCCUCUAGCAUCUGCUGCCUCUGACAGAUAGCACUCUGGCUCCCUCCUCUGGUGGUAGUUGGUUGGGUAACCAACCUUGUAAUGUAAUUUAUUUCUCUAUUCUGUAUCUUACUAAUAAAAACAAUGGAAUUUAAUUUA